AUGCCGCCGUCUCGCACCUCUAAUGUGAGCUCUUUCAAGCUCCGGUAUCUCGCCCGGAAGCUCUUCCGUCCGAAGCAGCCAGCCUCGUUCUCGGAGAUAGGCCUUUUUACUGGGAGACCGCAACAUCAGUUUUUCUGCCAGGUCGACAAUCUCGCCCCAGUGAGCCGGAUGCCUGUAUCUUCAACUCCAUAUGUUUGGCCGACAGGGCCAACAGUCUCCAUUCCAGCCUCGUACGACUUUAAAGGCUCAACGAAAUCGGCCGAGGACUUCCUCAUAGAUACCGAUACGGCGGCCCUGCUCGUGGUCGUCGACGGCCAAGUACGUUACGAGCGCUAUCUCCUUACUGGUGGACCCAAGGUCAACUGGCUAUCCAUGUCAGUCGCGAAGAGCUUCGUUUCCUGCCUCGUUGGUAUUGCGGUUGAUGAGGGCUUCAUUGCGAGCAUAAAGGAACCAAUCAGCAAAUAUGUCCCCGUACAGCCCAACACAGCUUACGAUGGGGUCUCCAUCAAAGACGUGCUUCAUAUGUCGGGAGCUCGCUGGAACGAGGACUACAGCGACCGAGAUUCGGAAAUUUUCCAGAUCAACCAGGCGAUACUCGGCAAAGGCUCUGGUCUGGACGGCUUUGUUGCUCGCAUGGCCAGAGAAAGUGCACCUGACACAGUUUGUCGAUACAAUUCUGGCGAAACACAAAUUCUUGGUGCGCUUAUCGCUCAUGCGACCAACCGCAGCGUCACCGAGUACAUGACCGAUAAGCUCAUUCAGCCGCUGGGCUUCGAGUCUCCAAGCUUCUGGGUCACCGACAUGCUCGGCACCGAGAUGGUUUACGCCGGACUCAACAUGACGGCUCGGGACUUUGCAAAGCUCGGAGAACUCUACAGAAACGACGGCAUGUGGCAGGGGAAGCGGAUCAUCAGCGCGAGCUGGAUACGAGAGUCUACAACGAUCGACUCGCCGAUCCGUGAGGCUGGACGACCCAUCGUCGGCGGUCAUAGCUUCGACCUCGGUUAUGGCUAUCAGUGGUGGAUUCCCGCAGGGCACAAGGGCGACUAUUGCGCGAUCGGCGUGCUGAACCAGCUCGUUUAUGUCAACCCAGACAAGAACACAACCAUUGUCAAGCUCUCGGCCAAUCGCAAGUACGGAACAUCUCCACGCGAAGACACGAAUCGUGACUCGGAAAAUGUUGAGUUUCUGCGCGCCAUCGCUGCGAGCAUUUAA